CCUCCUCCUCCUCCUCCUCCUCCCCCUCCCCCCAAGUUGCGCCAUGGGCUGGGAGGAGAAGCAGGUCCGCGGGUACCCCGAGUUCGUGCAGACGGCACAGCACUACCACGGCCGGCCCAUAUUCGCGCUUUUCUGCGGCGACAAGGAUGCCGAGGGCAGGAGCUGGUGCCCAGACUGCGUGACGGCUGAACCGGUUGUGAGGAAGGAACUUCAUAACAUGCCUGAUGAGUCUGUAUUCAUCUACUGCCUAGUAGGAGACAGAGCCUACUGGAAAGAUCCCAACAAUGAAUUCAGAAAGAAUCUGAAACUAACAGGAGUGCCUACACUACUUAAAUAUGGAACACCUCAGAAGCUGGUUGAAGAAGAAUGUUUUAAAGCAGAGCUUGUGCGUAUGUUGUUUACGGAAGACUAAAUCCUCCAGUAGUCAAUCAUUUAUGAAGAAGUUAAUCUCAAGUUAUUUGCAGUGUCCCUUCAAGGAGUCCUUAACCUUUUUUUGAAACUUUCAUGGUUAAUUACUUCAGACUAGUCAAGAUAAAUGUCAUUAAAUUCUAGGUCCAAACCUUCCACUAAAAUCCUGCAACAAAAAGCUGUAUCUUUCUUUUCAUCUUCAAAUAAAUUUGAGUUUGCAAACA